AAUGCAAGUAACCUACUGUGGACAGUGUUUCUUUUAAAAUCAUGGGGGUGUUAGAUAUUUCUCUACAGUCCUUCAAUUCUGUCUCUCUGCUGGGAGCUCUGACAGUCCUGCUGCUCAUCUAUUUCAUCUCCUCUUCCAGUUUAGAUUCACAUUAUAAUGGGAAGGAGCCUCCAGGACCCACACCACUUCCUGUGCUGGGGAAUCUGCUGCAGCUGGACAUGAAGAGAAUCUUCAUCACAUUACCAGAGCUCUUUAAGAAGUAUGGAUCAGUCUUCACCGUCUAUUUUGGACCAAAGAAAGUGGUGGUCCUGGCAGGAUACAAGACAGUGAAGGAGGCACUUGGGAACUAUGAUGACGUGUUUGGGGACAGAGAUCCAUUAUUAUUUGUGGAUGAAGCUAACCAAGGACAUGGGGUUACAUGGUCUAAUGGUGACUCUUGGAAAGAAAUGAGGCACUUUGCCUUGAGUAACCUGAGACAGUUUGGAAUUGGCAAAAAAGCAAGUGAGGACAAAAUCAUUGAGGAAAGUCACCACCUCAUUGAAGUUAUUAAGAAAUUCAAAGGAGCCGCUUUUGAUACAACCGAACCUCUUACCUAUGCAGUCUCUAAUAUCAUCAGCUCCAUUGUGUUUGGCAGCAGAUUUGAGUAUGAUGAUCCAGUGUUGACAUCUCUGGUACAUCAAACAAAGCGACGUUUUCAGUUUCUGAACUCUCCCUCAGUGCAGGUAUACAACAUGUUCCCGCGGUUCUUCAAGUGGAUUGCAAACAGGAGGGAAUUCCACAACGUGAUUACUGACCAUAAAAAACAAAUUUUUGCCCUUGUGAGUCGUUUGAAGGAGACCCUCAAUCCACAGAUGUGCAGAGGAUUUGUGGACGCCUUUCUGGUCCGCCAGCAAAAUGUGGAGUCCUUCAAUUCUGUCUCUCUGCUGGGAGCUCUGACAGUCCUGCUGCUCAUCUAUUUCAUCUCCUCUUCCAGUUUAGAUUCACAUUAUAAUGGGAAGGAGCCUCCAGGACCCACACCACUUCCUGUGCUGGGGAAUCUGCUGCAGCUGGACAUAAAGAGAAUCUUCAUCACAUUACCAGAGCUCUUUAAGAAGUAUGGAUCAGUCUUCACCGUCUAUUUUGGACCAAAGAAAGUGGUGGUCCUGGCAGGAUACAAGACAGUGAAGGAGGCACUUCUUGACUAUCGUGAUGUGUUUGGGGACAGAGAUCCAUUAUUACUUGCGGAUGAAGCUAACCAAGGACAUGGGGUUACAUGGUCUAAUGGUGACUCUUGGAAAGAAAUGAGGCACUUUGCCUUGAGUAACCUGAGACAGUUUGGAAUUGGCAAAAAAGCAAGUGAGGACAAAAUCAUUGAGGAAAGUCACCACCUCAUUGAAGUUAUUAAGAAAUUCAAAGGAGCCGCUUUUGAUACAACCGAACCUCUUACCUAUGCAGUCUCUAAUAUCAUCAGCUCCAUUGUGUUUGGCAGCAGAUUUGAGUAUGAUGAUCCAGUGUUGACAUCUCUGGUACAUCAAACAAAGCGACGUUUUCAGCUUCUGAACUCUCCCUCAGUGCAGGUAUACAAUAUGUUCCCGCGGUUCUUCAAGUGGAUUGCAAACAGGAGGGAAUUCCACAACGUGAUUACUGACCAUAAAAAACAAAUUUUUGCCCUUGUGAGUCGUUUGAAGGAGACCCUCAAUCCACAGAUGUGCAGAGGAUUUGUGGACGCCUUUCUGGUCCGCCAGCAAAAUGUGGAGGAAUCUGGAAUUACCAACAGCCACUUUCACACUGCUAACCUUAUGACAACAGUCAUCAAUCUGUUUGCUGCCGGCACUGAGACAACAUCAACUACAAUGAAAUGGGGACUUCUAUAUUUGGCCAAGUAUCCAAAGAUACAAGACCAGGUCCGUGAGGAAAUGACAAGGGUCAUAGGAAGUCGUCAGGUGCAGUUCAGUGACAGGAAAGACCUGCCCUUCACCAACGCUGUCAUCCAUGAGACACAAAGACUGGCCAGCAUCGUCCCCAUUUCAGUUCCUCACAAAACCACCAGAGACAUCACUUUUCAGGGCCACUUCAUUAAGAAGGGAUCUACAGUGUAUCCUCUCUUGACAUCUGUCCUGCAUGAUCCUACGGAGUGGGAGAGACCUCACUGCUUUUUUCCUGCUCACUUCCUGGACAAAGAUAAAAACUUUGUCAAGCCAGAUGCCUUCCUGCCAUUUUCUGCAGGUCCCAGGAAUUGUCUUGGACAGAGUCUGGCUACGAUGCAGCUCUUCCUCUUCCUGGCCACCCUUCUGCAGCAUUUUCGUUUCACUCCAGCACCUGGAGUUUCAGAGGAUGAACUAGAUGAGACACCAUCUGGGAGGUUUAGUGUUGUCCCUUCUCCUCAUAAAUUGUGCGCCGUUCCCAUCAUGUGAGGAAGAGGCCUUCUUUAAAAUGCUCUGUGACCCUAUGUAAAUUGAUUCACCUCCA